GUUCCCGGGGUGGCGCCUGCUCUCCAUCCAGGCCCCACUCCGGCUCCCACCCGAUGCUGCUUUUGUUCCCACGUUUCGGGGGGCAGCUGGCACUGUGAUUCCUGUGCCAUGAGUGCCUAGAGGCACGGAGCCACCAGGGAUCACCCCACGUGGGGCACAGGGCUUGGGGAGGAUGGGGCAGGACCAGACCAAGCAGCAGAUCGAGAAGGGGCUCCAGCUGUACCAGUCCAACCAGACAGAGAAGGCAUUGCAGGUGUGGAUGAAGGUGCUGGAGAAGAGCUCGGACCUCAUGGGGCGCUUCCGCGUGCUGGGCUGCCUGGUCACGGCCCACUCGGAGAUGGGCCGCUACAAGGAGAUGCUGAAGUUUGCUGUGGUCCAGAUCGACACGGCCCGGGAGCUGGAGGAUGCCGACUUCCUCCUGGAGAGCUACCUGAACCUGGCACGCAGCAACGAGAAGCUGUGCGAGUUUCACAAGACCAUCUCCUACUGCAAGACCUGCCUUGGGCUGCCUGGUACCAGGGCAGGUGCCCAGCUCGGAGGCCAGGUCAGCCUGAGCAUGGGCAAUGCCUUCCUGGGCCUCAGCGUCUUCCAGAAGGCCCUGGAGAGCUUCGAGAAGGCCCUGCGCUAUGCCCACAACAACGAUGACGCCAUGCUCGAGUGCCGUGUGUGCUGCAGCCUGGGCAGCUUCUAUGCCCAGGUCAAGGACUACGAGAAAGCCCUGUUCUUCCCCUGCAAGGCGGCAGAGCUUGUCAACGACUAUGGCAAAGGCUGGAGCCUGAAGUACCGGGCCAUGAGCCAGUACCACAUGGCCGUGGCCUAUCGCCUGCUGGGCCACCUGGGCAGUGCCAUGGAGUGUUGUGAGGAGUCUAUGAAGAUCGCGCUGCAGCACGGGGACCGGCCACUGCAGGCGCUCUGCCUGCUCUGCUUCGCUGACAUCCACCGGAGCCGUGGGGACCUGGAGACAGCCUUCCCCAGGUACGACUCCGCCAUGAGCAUCAUGACCGAGAUUGGAAACCGCCUGGGGCAGGUGCAGGCGCUGCUGGGUGUGGCCAAGUGCUGGGUGGCCAGGAAGGCGCUGGACAAGGCUCUGGACGCCAUCGAGAGAGCCCAGAAUCUGGCCGAGGAGGUGGGGAACAAGCUGAGCCAACUCAAGCUGCACUGUCUGAGUGAGAGCAUUUACCGCAGCAAAGGGCUGCAGCGGGAACUGCGGGCGCACGUUGUGAGGUUCCACGAGUGUGUGGAGGAGACGGAGCUCUACUGCGGCCUGUGCGGCGAGUCCAUAGGCGAGAAGAACAGCCGGCUGCAGGCCCUGCCCUGCUCCCACAUCUUCCACCUCAGGUGCCUGCAGAACAACGGGACCCGGAGCUGUCCCAACUGCCGCCGCUCGUCCAUGAAGCCUGGUUUUGUGUGACUCCUGGCAGCAGGCGUGGGCUUCCUCCUCGCCACUCCUGCUCUUUCUCCACUGCACGCCGGAGGCCCAUUUACUGCUGGGGCAGCUGCCAGGGCGUCCUCACCACAGCCAAGGCCUUGGGGCCUGCCCACGGCUGCUCCCCUGGGCCCAGCUCCCCUCCCUGCCUCUUUGUACUUUGCUCUUUAUAGAAAAAUAAACUGUUUGUACCUGG